UACAGGGGAUGACCAGAGACUGCGGACACAGUACAGGAGAUUACCAGAGACUGCGAACACAGUACAGGAGAUGGACCAGAGACUGCGGACACAGUACAGGGGAUGACCAGAGACUGCGGACACCAGUACAGGGGAUGACCAGAGACUGCGGACACAGUACAGGAGAUGACCAGAGACUGCGGACAACAGCACAGGGAUGACCAGAGACUGCGGACAGCACAGGGAUGACCAGAGACUGCGGACAGCACAGGGAUGACCAGAGACUGCGGACAGCACAGGGAUGACCAGAGACUGCGGACAGCACAGG